AUGGCGCUCUUCUUGGCAGCCAGUAUCCUAUGGGCUCUGAGCUGGUUACUAUACCGUGCAUGGCAAGUUUGUCAGACUCCCAAUGAGGUAUUGAUUGAGAAGCUUGGUUUGGAUAUCCCUCCCCCGCCAGAAGUUACGCUGGAAGAGAUAACGGCGCGAGGGAUACGGAUCGCCUGGAAGCAGCCGGAAUUCCACAACUCUAUCCACAAACAUAUCAUUCAAGUAAAUGGCGCUAAAGUUGGCGAAUCCAAACGAGCGGAAACCGCAGUCGAAAUCCUGAACCUGACUCCUGGGAGCAUAUACCACAUUUGUGUCUUGUCCAUUAGCGCAGCAAAUUUUCAGACCCCCAGUGCAGUUAUUCAUGUGCGCACUAAGUCACUUCCGGCAUCCCAAGCCGGAGACAAUGCCUCAGCAACCGGUCCUACGAUUCGAGCGUCAAUUCCCCGGUCAACAGCCGGUCUCCCUGCUCCUUCGGCGCCGUUAAUGGCCCGCGAACAUAGUGGCGGCCCACUACAGAAGCGUUCAUCUGUUGGGCGCCGACAGUCCCCUGCGGCCGGUGCAGCAGACAUUUCGCAAAAUCAUCCGGACAAUACACUGAACAGCGCUGCAUCCUACGAUCAGAGCGAAGAUAUAUCCCUGCUAGCGGACCGAUUGAAGAAUCUGCAACACGACAAUGAUGCUGUAGAGAAGCAGACUCUCGAGGAGGAGGAAGAACAUAUCGCAUUAUUGAAGGAUCUGGAGAAGCAGCGAGAUGACUUGAGGAAACGGGUUAAGGAGAAAGACGAGGCUAGCGGCGACCUCAAGAAGCAUGUCAACAAGCUGGAAAGUGUUAAUCGGACGGUACAAAGCGAAAAGGCAAAACGUGAGAGGGUUCUCCAGCAAAAGGAGGCUGAUCGCAAGAAACGGAGGAACGAUCUUUUACGCUGGCAAGAACAAAUGCCGCAGAUUUCUGCGGAUACGGCGCAGGCUAGGCAAGAGAAGGAGCGCCUCGAAGAGGAGGGAAAGAAACGCGCGGACGAAGUUAGAGAAAAGAUUGCGAAGGAGCAGGCCGAGAUGAGGGCAAUCGAUGAGGAAAUUCAAGAUAAGGGUGGACGGGUCAAGAAACUUGAGGACGAAAGGAAAGGGUACACGGAUGAAGAUGGAGAGGAUGGUAAUGAGCUGGAUCGCAUUGACAAUGAACGAGCCCGGCAGUGGGAAAUCAAGCUCAGCCAUUUGCAAGCACGCUAUGCUACGCUUGUAAACCUCCAUACGCAGGCUCAACAACAAUACCAAGAGGCACAGGAACGCUUGAAAUGGUUGACCUCGCAGCGAGCCGGUACGGCGCCGUUCUCUCUGCCACCUAUGGAUCUAGAACUACCCUCCGGGGCAACUAUCCGCCCACCCCGGCGCCAUCGCAGCUCGCUCAACAGCAAUGUCUCGUCGCCAAUGAAUUUCCCUUCUCUAGAACCAUUUCCUACUAGCGUGACAUACAACCCUCCGACCACGGGCUCGCCUACAUUCGCACCAGCCUCGUCUUUCUUUAACAUUAAUAAUGGAAUGACCCUCCCUGGAUUGACCGGUGAGCCUGAAAGUUACCGUAGAGGUUCCGAUUUCUCAAUCACGAAUCCUCAGAUGAGCCCUCGAGCGGACGCUCUGCUUCCGUCUGAUCUACUUGGCGAUGAAGAAUCACCCGAAUUGCCGCGGCCUGUCCUCAGAAGUCGAUUCUCGAAUAUUGAGCAGGAUACGACUAAGCGUGACAGUUUCCCCGCUGAUCCAUCUUCACCAGAAUCCUCUGGCAGCAAACCCGCCAGUCUCUUGGGUAGUCCUGAGGAAGUACAGAAAGGUCCUCAGGAAGCUAAUUCCCAGACUGCACCCUCGGGAGAUGCAGAAGAAGCACCGAAAAGUGCCUCAAGACGCUUGUCUGGUCUUUUCAACUUCAAUCGUCCGCGUGGUAAAACGCUCGCAGAAGACCCGCCUCUUCUUGGAACAUUGAAACAAGGGCAAAGCCAAUCAUUUCCAAGAGAAAUGGAUGAAAUAGAGCCAAUUGGGCCCAGGCGUCGUCGCUUGAGCUAUACCACCAGCUGGGCUAAUCCAAUGUCUUUGCUGCCAAGAACCCACACAGCCGGAGCCACUCCAGAUAGCUCAUCUGAUCAUCUGCCGUCCAGACGUACCGCUAUCUCCAGCAUAUUCUCACCAAGCAGAUUCGGAUUUGGAAGUGGCAGUGGUUUGUCCAAGGGCGAGGGCGCUGAUUCUGUUUCAGGGUACAACCAGUUCAGUCCUAGGCACGAUCCGAUUGACCCGUCGUCGAUCUUAGGUACGGUUCGGAGGAGGGGUUCAUUGUCUCCCAGGCCAUCUUCCACAUUCUCAUUUGACAACUUACUCCCGCAUCCCUCAACAGAUAACCGUCACUUUGGUUGGCCUUCUGCUGAUAAGCCUGGUCACCGAAGCCCUCUCGGUUUCGACUGGACAUCACCGUCCACGUGGUCGAGAACUCAGUCUCGGCGCCCUUCUACGACUCAAUAUGGAUCCUCGGGCCAUCUUCCUCUGGGUUUUACAGCUGAACCUGACUUCCUUGAUGACUCUUUCGAGAGGCAGGGUCGGCCACUGCAAGCCCCGAUUGGUACGCGGCCUUCGUCUUCGCAUCGACCAAUUACUCCAAAAUUGAAUCCGGCAGCGCCUACCUUCAAAACCAUAUUCAGGAGCAAGGGCUCAGAGAAGAAGGAGGAUAAAGAGAAGGGCCAGACUACUGAGGAGGCGGACACGUCUUUUGACAUGUCCUUCGACCAUGGCUCUCCCUCAGAAUCCCGCGCAUCGAGAGACUCUCGAUCCCUGUCUAGCUUCCCCGGAGACUCAUACGAAUCCCUUGAGCGCAUGCCAUCUGCAACGUCUGCAGAAAACGCGAGCUCGAAAGAAUCCUUUAUCCGAAAGAUCACCCGGAAAGGCAGCUCCAGCAAGUUUGGCUCUUGGAAAGACCGCUCCGGUUUGUUCUCCAGGAAGAGCGAUGCUUCGCAAGGCGACGUCGAUGAAGAGGGCGAUAGCGAGGCACAACUGGCUAAGAGCAUCGACAGCACUGUGUCCAGCGCGCCUAGCAGGAGCAGCCUUAGUUUUUUCAGCCGCAAGUCGAAGAAAUCCGACAAGGCAGCUAGUGAGACGAGCGAGCGGCCUAGCGAGCGGAUUAGCGAGUAUGGCGACGAUGAGAUACCGGAAGAAGAAACUAUCUAG